AUGGCUGAACAUUCUCAUGGCUCAAAGAUUUCGAGCCUCGAGGCUUUAAAAGCCAAAACUUCAGCGUCAACUCCUGGUAUUCGUUCAGUCACGGACAAAAUGACGACCGAAGGCGAGAUCCUGGAGAAGCUCGGAGGCCUCACCCGGGACGCCCCCCGACACCAGCUGGAGACUCUCCGGUCGAUCCUCCAGCGCAACGGCAACUCGCGUUACCUCCGCCCCUUCCUCGGGGACCAUCCUGGGCAGGUCGACGUGGCAACUUUCCUGCGAGAAGUCCCUCUGUCUAGCUACGACGACUACACUGACCACAUCAGUCAGAUGGCCGACGGAAUAGUCGAUGGCGGUGACCCAAUCCUCUGUGCUGAUCCUCUCACCUGUUUCUUCUACAGCUCCGGAACAACUUCCAAGAGGCCAAAGAUGAUACCUUACUAUGAUACGCCUCUGUCGAGAGCAGCUACAUCCAUAGCUCAGCAAAGCAGCCUUGCAGUACUUCGAGGGUUGUUUCCCCCACAGUCAUCGGCAAACAAGGGUCUCUGGUUUAUUUACGCUGGUAAUGUCACCCGGACCAAGGGCGGGUUCAAGGUUAUGGCAGCCACAGCGUACCUGAUGCAGAGUGCCAAAUUAAGGUCGUCGCAGUUUCUGUCUGAUUGUAUUAGUCCACAAGAGGUUGUUCUGGGAUCGGAUGUCGACUGCCAGAUAUACUGCCACCUUCUGUGCGGCCUUAGGCACUUCGAUAAGAUCGAUAAUAUCCAGGCACCAUAUGCCAUUGGAUUAGUUAGAGCAUUUUGCCUUCUGGAGGAAAAAUGGAAGGUGCUCUGUAAGGACAUAGAAAAAGGGUUCCUGACCUGGGAUAUCUCCGACACAGCGAUGAAGGAUUCUGUUAACAAGGCUCUUGGAGGGCCUCGGAAUGAUCUGUCUGAAAGAAUUAGGUUGAUCUGCGAAGAGAAAUCGUGGGAGGGGAUUCUGAUUAAGCUAUGGCCGGAUCUGAGGUACAUCAAGUGCGUAACGACAGGGAGUAUGAUGCAUUACUAUCCAAAACUCAAGCACUAUGCGGGAGAAGUUCCGAUAUUAGGUGGAGACUACUUCACCUCUGAAUGCCCCGUGGGCAUUAACUUAGAGCCAAAACAACCUCCAGAAAAGACCCGAUAUGUAGUGCUUCCUACGGGGGCCUAUUUCGAGUUUCUCCCCUAUGAUCCCAAUGAAAACAGUGUCGCUGACAGGGAAGUCGUGGAUAUCUCGGGCGUUGAGGUUGGGAAGAUCUAUGAAUUAGUCGGCACUACAUCGAGAGGAUUUUAUCGGUUCCGGCUGGGCGAUAUAGUCAGAGUAACUGGGUUUUAUAAGUCAUCUCCUGAGUUGGAGUUCGUGAUGAGAGCUCCUGAACCUUCUGAGUUAGUAACCGAGAGGGACUUGAUAUCUGUGGUCGAAAAGACGCGAGUCCUGCUUGAAGAUGUCCUGGGGGCGGAAAUCACAGAGUACGCUUGUUCCUUGGACCUAAACUUGAGCCCCCAUCAAUUGAAGAUUUAUCUGGAAGUCAAAAGCGUCUCAUUCGAGGACAAACCGAAGGACAGAAUGAUCGAUCUAACAAGGUGUUGUGCAUCGCUGGAGGACGACUUUGGAGGCAUCUACAAGGUGCAUAAAGAAAGAGGCAAACUCAGGCCUCUGUUGGUGUAUAUCAUAACUCCCAGAAGCUUUGAUAGGUUAUUGCAUAUCGCAAUCGAGAAGGGAGCGUCCGCUAGUCAGUAUAAACAUCCCAAGAUUAUCAGGAAUCGCGAAAUUUCUGAUUUCCUGGAAGGAGUUGCCCUUGCUACCAUAUGUUCAGAUUCAAAGGAUGCCUGA